AGAGAGCGAAAUCUCGCCGUUCUCGGUUGUGUUACAUCGCACGUUACUCGAAUCCUCACGUUUUUUUAUAUAUAAAAACACGCGCGCGAGAUUUUUUUUUAAACUGUCGCGCGAGAAAUUAAAAAAUGUGUCUGCAAAAAAUGUGAGUGAUUUUUGGCUUUUUUUUAUCUAAAUAACAAAAAAAAAAAAAGAAAAUGGUUAAAAAUAUUUUUUACUGGAAGUAUCAGUGGUGCGUUUAUUAAAAAUAGUGAGAAAAAAAUCUGUUUGAAAAGAAAAAGUGGGUUUUAUUUUUGGAGAAUUUUUUUUUCCUUCUGUAUUCCUAGAGAUUCUGUUUUUGAAUGAUGGUGAUGAUCUUACGGGAGUUUUUUUAUCGUAUCAAAAGAAUGAAGAAGUAGGGAUUAUUUUUUGUUUUUUUUUGUUUUUCGUUUUUUUAUUGUGGGUAGUAAAAAAAAGUGGUGUUAAUAUGGUGAAUAAUUGUUGUUUAUGAGAAGAGAGGGAUCAUGAUUAAUUUCCGGAUGUGUGGGUGGAAUCGAGGAUGGUCCAGACACCUCUAUAUUCUUUUGAUUCCAUUUUUACCGCUUUGGAUUAUCGGUGCACUAUCCGUGAAAGACAUUCCUACAUCGCAUAUUGUUGCUCUGGCCGGAGAUUCCACAUACCUGCCCUGUGACAUAUCAACAAAUCAUGAAGGGGAUUCCGUACAUCUUGUACUGUGGUAUCGUGAAGAUCUCGGAUCGUCAGUGUCAAUAUACAGUAUCGAUGCAAGGGAAAAAGGUGUCGGAUACGCGGAAAAAUGGUCCGACGAGUCGGUUUUCUCAGGUCGGGCAUAUUUUAUGCCAGAAAGGAAUCCUGCGGAAUUAGGGGUGGAUCGCAUUAGAGUAGAGGAUGCCGGUAUCUACAGGUGUCGUGUUGACUUUCAAAUUGGUCAGACACGCAACUCCAAAGUCAAUUUAACGGUUAUAGUUCCGCCAGAAAGAAUUGUGAUAUCAAAUGAAAAUCGCGAAGUAAGAAAUUCUAAGGUUGGUCCCUACACGGAGGGUGAUGCUCUGAAACUCUCUUGUAAUGUAUAUGGAGGUAAACCAGCGCCAACAGUGACCUGGUAUCGUAAUGACAAUUUUGUGACCAACAAAACAGUGACAGUGCACAACCAUGACGGAGUGAUACGUAGUGACAUCGAGAUAAAAAAUUUGGGACGUGCUGAUGUUCGUUCCGAACUGACCUGCAACGCAACGAAUAACAAUAGGUCGCUACCUCUAUCCUCAACAGUACACGUUGAUAUGAAUUUCAGCCCAUUGGAAAUACGGAUCGAUGGUGCUAACCAACCCUUAUCCUCCAGCAAGAAAUACGACUUAGUUUGCCUGACUUCUGGUUCCCGGCCACCAGCUCGCGUCUCUUGGUGGAGAAAUGAAGAACUCUUGCCACACUCAACAGAAACGACUUCAAGCGAUGGUAACACAACUACAAGCAUGUUGCCUUUUAUUCCAACGAAAAAAGACGCUGGCAAACAUUUAUCAUGUCGUGCUGAAAAUCCAAUCAUGCCCUCCGCCCCGAUAAAAGACGUUUGGACACUAGAAAUACAAUAUGUACCGGAAACAAAAAUUAGACUUGGAACAUCAUUAAAUCCUGAUGCAAUUAGAGAAGGGACUGACGUUUAUUUUGACUGUCUAAUUCAAGCCGAACCUCCCGUCUAUAAAGUCGAGUGGAGACAUGAGGGGAAGACGCUUCAUCAUAAUAUUUCAUUGGGAAUUAUAAUUAGUAACCAAAGUCUCGUUCUCCAAGGGGUCGAGAGAAAAAGUGCGGGAAAUUACACAUGCGUCGGUUAUAAUUCCGAAGGCGAUGGUGAAAGUUCACCAUUUUAUCUGAAUGUUAUGUUUGCGCCAACUUGCAAGGCAAACCAAACAAAAAUACACGGAGUUGCGAAGCAGGAGAAAGCAAAUAUAUCCUGUCAAGUGGAUGCAAAUCCUCCAAAAGUUGAAUUUCGAUGGACCUUCAAUAAUUCAGCAGAGAGUAUGGACGUUGCUUCGGGGCAUAUUAAGAGAGUUGGAACUUCAUCAAUUGUUUCCUAUACGCCAAUGAAUGAACUUGAUUACGGAACUCUCCUUUGUUGGGCUUCCAAUCAAAUUGGACAACAGCAAGUGCCAUGUGUUUAUCACAUUAUUCCCGCAGGUCGACCUGACAUGGUUCAUAAUUGCACCAUCUCCAACUCGUCGACAAAUUCCUUUAGUGUAAAGUGUACAGAAGGCUUUAACGGCGGUCUACCUCAAUCCUUCCUCCUUGAGGUGAGGGAAACUAAUAGCCAGGAACUGAAGGCAAACCUGUCUUCUCCUGUUCCACGAUUUAGUGUUACAAAUCUUGAUUCUGGAGCACUUUAUCAAGCCUGCGUGUACGCGUACAAUGAUAAAGGACGAAGUGAACCAUUAGUUGUUCAAGCCGGAACUGUUCGUUCACCGGAGAAGCAGCUCACCUCCGAAACAGAGAGACCGAGGCAACCAAUUAAAUUAACACCAAUGCUGAGUGUAAUGAUUGGAGUUGUCACCGCACUUGUAAUAGUCGCUGUAAUUGUCAUGGUAGUCUUGAAAUUACAACAUUCACAUACUGACGAUCACGGCAAACCACACGUGGAGAAUCAUGAAAAAGUCACAAAAACUAUUCCCAUUCAACGUGAGCUUCGAUUCCGAGAAGGAAGCAAUGUGAUAACGGAUGAAAAAUAUCCCACCAGUCCUUUUAGGAAAUUAGAUCCAAACGGCGAUGUCAGUGAGAGUGACGAGAAAAAUCCCGACAUCAUUCCACAACAAAUAACCGGGGACGAACCCUCAGAUUAUUUAAGAAAACGACGUCUUAUCUCAACAAUAGAGACGUCGCCAGCUAGGAGUCUUACAGAACGUUCAAGUUCCUCAAUGAGUACACAUGGAAAUUUUGUGGGCUAUUGCACAAUUCGCAAUGGACUACCUCUUCGUGAACUCUCAAAUAUAUCAACGAAGCACAAAAACUUUCAACCGGUAGUUAGUGAAGUUUACGAAAGUGGAAUGUGCACUCUGCCAAGGCAACAUUGGCCAAGUCACAGUGUUCAAUCGAUGACAAUGGGAGGAAUAAGUCCAUCGGUUUUAUACACAAGUAUGAAUGUAGUGAAUCGAACUUGUCCAGGUAGUGUAAUUUUGCCAAAGGAAGUCGAAGCAAGGAUUCAGGGACAAUGCUGUAUCCAAUCGCAACGUGAGACAUCACUUGGCACUCCAGUUGUAAUGACCAAGAGGGAGAGUUCAGUGUGACCCUAAAUCACAAACCGACUAAAUCGGGAACUAGGAAUAAAUCAUUUUUCCAUAGAAUGUGAGGAAAAGCAUUUUUUCUAGAAUAUCGACACGCAGAUGAGUAAGAAAAUAAUUUUUAAAAAAAACAAGAAGUAAAUUAUUUCUCGAAUGAAAGAAAAUCAAUAUUUGUAGAACGAAAGUAAAGAAUUCACAAGAGAAUGAAUGAAACAACAAAAUUUCUAGAAUGAAAAACAAGAAAAAGGUGAAAAUAAUUCUAGAAUUUAUUUCCAAAUUGUUUCCUCUUUAUUUUUUUAUUUUUUGACAUUGUCAAUGAGUUUUUUAUCAUCCAACGAUUUUGUAAUUAAUUAAACAUCACCUAUGUUCAAUCAAGUGCCCUUUUACAUCGAAGGUAACUCAAAACUAUACUUUAAAAAAAAUACUAUUAAUUAUUAAAAAUCGUGAAUAUGUGAGAUGUGUACGUAUUUGUUGAGAGCGAUUUUAUGUCUAUUUGUAAAUAUUUUGAAAACAAAAAUAUUUUAUACAAAAUUGCUAGUGAUAAUAUGAAAAUGAUAAAUCCCUUUAAUGUGUACAAUUCAAGUUUGCGAUAUCGAAACUGAGUAUAUGUAAACUGGUACAUGUGUAUGUAAAUUAACUAUGUAAAUAGAUAGAGGUAAGAAAAAAUGAGCAGUCAGGAAUAAAGUGGACUUGACGAUGUUCAAUAUUGUUGGAUAAAGAAAACAUAUCUGGACGAAAUAAUAAUAAUCUAUGUGAAGGGGGAAAUUUCAUAUUCGGUCCAAUUUAUUCUUAAGUGGUCUCAAUUUUUUUUCACCACUCUGUAAUAGAACGAGGCGAACAAUUUUUCCAAAAAUAAUCCCUCGAGACGAGACUGAUGUUAUAUUUCUAAUCUUUUAAUUUUUAUUAAUUAAUCUUUCUUCGAAAAGAUACUGCAAUUUUUUUUCUCCUCUCUUUAAAUAUUCAGAUUGCAAAUGGUGGUCGACGAAAUCGUUUCGUUCGGAUCUUCUCGUGCAGGCUCGUAAAGGUUCGUUACGGCACGAGACUACACGAGAAGACACCGUCAGUAACAACCAAGGAGAAUAAAAACAGGAGGGUUUUCAAGUUUUUAUAAGGUACUUCUACAAUACCUUUUUUACACCGGCAGGAACAAAUAACACGUGUAAGAAUGUUUGGUUUAUUUAAGAUUUUAGUCUCACUGAUAUAAAUACAAAUUAAUAUAAUAAAUUACCUAAAAAUAUAAAAUAAAUAAUGAAUAAUAAAUACAAAUAUAUGAUAUAAACCAAAUUUAUGAAUGUAAAGUAAUUAGAAAUAAUUCAUUACUUUAAUAAUUCAUUAUUUAUUGAGUUUAAUUAUUAAAUACUUUGCGAAACUAAAAUUUUGGACAACUACAUGACAGUGAAUUUUGUUUGAGUCGAUAGAAAAAAAUGUUGUUGUAGAAUCUCUAUUAAAAACUCAUCAUGGUAAACAAAUCAAAUUGCACUGUCACGAAGUCUGAAUUACGUCAUAGAACUUAUUUUGUUUCUGAGCAUUCCAGAGUAUUUGUUUCCUUUUCUCACCUUGUUUUUACUAUUUACAAUAUAUAUCAAUAUACUUACCA